AUGGCAUCCCGCUACUAUUCAUCCCGGGUUUCAAGUGAGUCACCCGAUUGAUUAACCUUUUUUUCAAUUUCCCCAUUCCUCAGAGUCUCGUAAUUAUGAGAAUUGGUCGUCGAAAAUGGCCACUGCUGAUGCCGUCGACUUUGCCUCGGCUGUUGCGACACAGACAAACAAUGGAUCACUGGGACCCGGCAUUGGUCAAUCCUCUUGCCGCUCAGCGUCCAGUAUUACUCAUUGACAACGCCGGCGUUGGCCGAUCCGAGGGCGACGUUCCCGAUACCUUUGCCGGUUGGGCGGCGCAUUACAGCGCUGUGACCAAACAAAUCCUUGGCCAAGCCAGCAAGGUUGACGUAUUAGGCUAUUCCAUGGGCGGCUGCGUUGCGCAGCUCAUGGCUCUGAAUGCGCCGGAGCAGGUACGGCGAUUGGUGCUCUGCGGGACGAUUCCCAGCUCCGGAGACGGCGUUAAACCCUCGCCCGAUGGCAAGGCGUUCAAGCGCAUGAAGGCGGCCAGGACUGUAGAGGAGGAACAGCAAGCUUUCGAGGAAGGCUCCUUUGUGCAGCGCUCUGAGCGUAGUCGAGAGGCGGGUAAGCAAGCAUGGAAGCGUAUCGCCAACGGUAGAAGCGACUCCGGAGAGGUGAGAUGCGAACCAGUGCCUCCGGGGCCAGCUCAUAAGCAGGCGCUUGCGUUUGUCAGGUUUAUGGAUAAGAAAAACGCUUCCGAUGGGAGUUAUGACCGGCUCGGCCAGCUGCGUCUGCCGGUGCUAAUCGCCAAUGGUUGCGAGGACUUGCUGCUACCUACCGACAACAGCAUCCUGAUAUGGAAGAUGCUUAGCUUCGCGGAUGCACGGCUGCAUUUGUUUCCGGAUUCAGGACAUGGGUUUCUGUACCAAUACGCCGACGAGCUUGCGAAGCUUGUAAAUGACUUUCUUGGCAGCAGCAGCUCGAGUCGCGGCAGUCGGCUUUGAGCGCUCCGGAACGUCCAAGGCAUGAGUGAUACUAGUGUCGAUGCCUGUCUCGUACCUUAGUGAGCAUGCAAGUCGCGUCUGUCGACAACGACGCGACGCCAGUUGUUUUCCUCAUUGGUCUUUCUUUGCUUUUGGGUCGCUGCAAGCCCCGCCGCGAUCAGCUAGGUCGUCAUGUAACGAGAAAAAUGAUGACCCAGGGGCAGGUAGAUGAAUGGUAACAUUUUGGUUUUGAACAAUACACUUCGUACCG